CAGCGCGAGCCGCUCCGUCCGCGUGCAGGAGGCGCGAGGAGGACGCGCUGAUCCCGCGGAGCAGCAGGAGGAGAUCCCGCGAGACGAGGAGAGCCGGACCGACGCAGACAUCAAGAGAGAGUGCAUUAAAGCCGCCGCGUGCACGUGAGCAGCGCGAGGAGCGGGAGGAGGACUACUCCGUCAUCUGGAGGAGCGGCGCGGUUUUUUGGGGGUUCUAGUGUUUUUAUUUUCUUCUUCUACGCUGACGGAGAGAUCCGGACUGACAGACCAGACGAUGAAUCCCAUGACCCAGCUGUACUACAAGAAGGCGACCUACUCGCCGUACCGCGACCGCAUCCCGCUGCAGAUUGUGCGGGCGGAGGUGGAGCUGUCUGCGGAGGAGAGGGCCUACCUCACCGCAGUGGAGAAAGGCGACUAUGCGGGCGUGAAGCACGCGCUGCGCGAGGCCGAGGUUUACUACAACAUGGACGUGAACUGCCUGGACCCGCUGGGCCGCAGCGCGCUGCUCAUCGCCAUCGAGAACGAGAACCUGGAGAUCAUGGAGCUGCUGCUGGACCACGGCCUCCACACGGGCGACGCCCUGCUGUACGCCAUCCGCAAGGAGGUGCUGGGCGCCGUGGAGCUGCUGCUGUCGCACCGCCGGCCCAGCGGGGAGAAGCAGGUUCCCUCCCUGAUGAUGGACAGCCAGUUCUCAGAGUUCACCCCGGACAUAACUCCCAUCAUGCUCGCUGCUCACACCAACAACUACGAGAUCAUCAAGCUGCUCGUCCAGCGGAAGGUCACCAUCCCCGGACCUCACCAGAUACGAUGCGACUGCAUGGAAUGCGUCUCCAGCUCCGAGGUCGACAGUCUUCGGCACUCGAGGUCUCGCCUGAACAUCUACAAGGCGCUGGCCUCGCCCUCCCUCAUCGCGCUGUCCAGCGAGGACCCCAUCCUCACGGCCUUCAGGCUGGGCUGGGAACUCAAGGAGCUCAGCAAGGUGGAGAACGAGUUCCGCCAGGAGUACGAGGAGCUGUCCCAGCAGUGCAAGCGGUUCGCCAAAGACCUCCUGGACCAGGCCCGGAGCUCCCGGGAGCUGGAGACCAUCCUGAACCACCGGGACAACGACCACAGCGAGGAGCUGGACCCGCGGCAGAACCACGACCUGGCCAAGCUCAAGCUGGCCAUCAAGUACCACCAGAAGGAGUUCGUGUCCCAGCCUAACUGCCAGCAGCUGCUGGCCACCUUGUGGUACGACGGCUUCCCCGGCUGGAGGCGGCGCCACUGGGCCGUGAAGCUGAUGACCUGCUUGAUCAUCGGGCUGCUGUUCCCCUUCUUCUCCCUGAUCUACCUGCUGGCCCCCAAGAGCCCCCUGGGCCGCUUCGUGAAGAAGCCCUUCAUCAAGUUCAUCUGCCACACGGCGUCCUACCUCACCUUCCUCUUCCUCCUGCUGCUCGCCUCGCAGCACAUCGCACGCACCAACCUGCACAUGCAGGGACCCCCCCCCACCCUGGUGGAGUGGAUGAUCCUGCCCUGGGUGCUGGGCUUCAUCUGGGCAGAGAUCAAGGAGAUGUGGGACGGGGGAUUCACGGAGUACAUCCACGACUGGUGGAACCUGAUGGACUUCGCCAUGAACUCCCUCUACCUGGCCACCAUCUCGCUCAAGAUCGUGGCCUACUUCAAGUACAACUCCUCUCGGCCCCGGGAGGAGUGGGAGAUGUGGCACCCCACCCUGAUCGCCGAGGCGCUGUUCGCCAUCGCCAACAUCUUCAGCUCGCUGAGACUCAUCUCCCUCUUCACCGCCAACUCCCACCUGGGACCGCUGCAGAUCUCACUGGGCAGGAUGCUGCUGGACAUCCUCAAGUUCCUCUUCAUCUACUGCCUGGUGCUGCUGGCCUUCGCUAACGGCCUCAACCAGCUGUACUUCUACUACGAGACGAAGGCCUCGGAGGAGCCCAACAACUGUAAGGGCAUCCGCUGUGAGAGGCAGAACAACGCCUUCUCCACGUUGUUCGAGACGCUCCAGUCUCUGUUCUGGUCGAUCUUCGGGCUGCUGAACCUCUACGUCACCAACGUGAAGGCGCGCCACGAGUUCACGGAGUUCGUGGGGGCGACGAUGUUCGGCACGUACAACGUCAUCUCGCUGGUGGUGCUGCUCAACAUGCUCAUCGCCAUGAUGAACAACUCGUACCAGCUGAUCGCCGACCACGCCGACAUCGAGUGGAAGUUCGCCCGCACCAAGCUGUGGAUGAGCUACUUCGACGAGGGCGGCACGCUGCCGCCGCCCUUCAACAUCGUGCCCAGCCCCAAGUCCGUCCUCUACCUGCUGGUGUGGCUGCACCACAAGCUGAGGAGGCGGGGCCUGCCCGGCGAGGACGCCCACAAGUGUGAGAACCUACGGGAGUUCACGGAACGCCACGCGAACAGCCUGAUCCAGAACCAGCACUACCAGGAAGUGAUCCGCAGCCUGGUGAAGCGCUACGUGGCGGCCAUGAUACGCAGCGCCAAGACGGACGAGGGGCUGACGGAGGAGAACUUCAAGGAGUUGAAGCAGGACAUUUCCAGUUUCCGCUACGAGGUCCUGGAUCUCCUCGGUAACCGGCGUCCUCCCCGGCGCCACUACUCCUCCUCCAGCGAGGCGGCGAGGGACGACGGCGCCAUGGCGUCGGAGGACGACAGCGAGUCGGGCGACGGCGCCGGGGGCCCGAGGUCAAAGGGCGUGUCCUUCCUGAACCCGCUGCCGGACGACGACCGGCCGGCGCUCGGCGUGUCCGCCUUGGUGCGCUCCAUCUCCGGGUUGACCCGGGAGGAAGGGGGCGGAGCCGAGGGGGAGGAGGAGGGCGUCGUGUGGGGGGAAGAGGAGGGGAAACCAAAGAGCAACGGGCUGAAGGCGACCGGCUCCGCCCCCCCGUCCUCCACGGACGCCCUGGUGUCGCCGUCCUCCUCGUUCUCCUCCUCGUUCGCCCGCACGAGGAGCCGCCUGCAGCGCCUCUCGAGCGCGGGCGCCAAGGCCGACUCCUUCAAGCGCCUCUCCUUCCUGUUCUCGCGCUCGAAGCGCCGAGCCCCGCCCACGCCGCUGCGGUCCCCGCCCUCGUACACCAUCUCCGACGGGCUGCUCCGCCCCCCGGGGAGCCGCCACCUCCGCUCCGACUUCGGGCUCGGCGGCGUGACCCGGAGCGAGACGCGCCCGGACGAGGUCGGCCGCCGCUCGCUCGCCGCCGGCGACCCCGCCUUCUCUCCGCCCCUCGCGCCCCCGCCGCCCCCGCCGCCGUGCCCCUGCCAAUCCCUGCACUGUGCGUCCAACAUGUCCGAGUCCAGCUCGCGCCUCCUGGACUCCAGCGAGGACGUGUUUCAGGGCGGAGCGGACGGAGGAGGGCGGGCGGGACCCUGCGAUGACGUCAUAGAAGACUCCGUGACCACGCAGCUAUAGGAGGACGGGACGACCGACCAUGUUUUUAUUUUUGUUUGUUUUGCAAAAUGGCUGAAGACGAUCAGAGAGAGAGAGAGAGAGAGGGGGCGAGGGAUCCAAGAUGGCCGCAUUUCAUGGGGUUCCGCGACGGUUCCUGAAGCUCCUGACACGUGUUCAUGGAAACAGUUUCUCAUGAUCUGGGUGAACUCUGGCUGAUGACGUGUUAUUUGACUCCUCUUGUCAAUACAAAAAACGCACGUUAGCUAGCAAGCGCUACGACAAACGAGCUACCAAGCUAACGCACUACCGAGUGGGUAAACUAGCUCAAUAGUAAAGGAGCUAACAAGCUAAUCCGCCACCUAGUGAGGAAACUAUCUCGAUAGCGAGCGAGCUACCGAGAUAACGCGCUACCAAGUGGGCAAACUAGCUAAAUAGCAAAAGAGCUAACAAGCUAACCUGCUAUAGAGUGGUCAAACUAUCUAAAUACAAACGGAGCUAACAAGCUAACCCGCUACCUAGAGGGCAAACUAGCUCGAUAGCAAGGGAGUUAACAAGCUAACCUGCUAUUGAGUGGACAAACUAGCUAAAUAGUAAACGAGCUAACCCUCAACCAAGAGGGCAAGCUAGCUCGAUAGCGAGGAGCUACCAAAGAAAAGAUUUGUUCAAAUGCCGCGUUUCUUCUCAUUUUUUUGCUCCGUUAAAUCCGUUGUUAUCGAUGUCGCCAAAGUUGACGUCUGCGACCGCGGAUAAACUUUUUGAACCGCCUUAGCGCCGCGCGUCAUGCGACGAGGGACAAUCAACUUCCUGUUUCCUGUGUCGGUCUGAACAUGAAGGAGAAAGUAAUAGUUUAGCUGCAGCUUCACGAGCCGUCCCACCCAACAUAUUAUUCACGAUUAUUUACAGUGAAAUAAAAAGUCAUAAUUAGCUUCCAUGUUGCAUGCGGUUGCUGAACCCGAUCACGUAGAAAAAGCCUUCUCUAGUAUCCCAGUAUAAUCUCGUACACUCAUUAAAACCCUUGUAGUUCAUUCAAAGACUCAUCAUUUGAUUUUAUUACAGAGACGUCGUAAACACCGGAGAACAACACGGGAGAUUUAAAGAGACAGUACGCAUUGUUUUCUUCUUCUUUCUUCCGGGGAAUAUUCAAACGCGCAUGAUUAUUACGGAAUUACCAAGUAGCCAAAGCGACUUUUCCGGAAAAUGGGAAUAUCUUUAAAAAAUAAUAAUAAUAAUAAAAACAAUAAAUCCUGUUUUCACGAUUUCCUUUCUGGCCCUUUAACCGCAAACCAACGGGCAGUGAAUGGAAUUAAAUCCUCUUGAAGCCACUGGAACUGCCCCCCCCCCCCCCCACAUGUCAGCCAAAUGGAGCGCAUCCCCCCAAAAAAUGGAAUAACCAACUUUAACUGGAUUUCUGAUGGAUUUACCGCCAUGGAAACGCCUCUCUCUGCAACAAAGGCCAAGGAACUUUUAUUUUAUCCUAAUAAUAGUUAUACUAGUAAUAAUAAUAACGCUAAUAAUAAGAGACUUCUAGUCAUAGUAACGAGGACUAUUGUGGUUUCUUACGACUGUCUUUGCUUCUGUUUGAGUCGCCUGUGAUACCCUGGCUUCUCCUCUGCUCUUCCUUCACAAUAAGUAUACUUUAACCUGGUGAGUAGAAAUAUGGGGCGACGUUUUAUUUUGAAGGGGUGAGGAGGAGGAGAGACGUGUUUUCCUUUUCUACCUGGGAAAAAUCUAUUUUAAUGGGAAAUUUCACCAGAGUUUCAUUGUGAAUCUUUUUUUAUUUAUUUAUUUAUUCUUUUUCUUAAAAAAAUAAAAUAAAAGUUGGCAUGAGCCGCGGAACUGAACUCAAAGGAGAAGCAGAGAGCAGAUGCAUGUUUGAUCAGCAGGGGAAGAGUCGAGAAAACGGAGAAAACACCCGCUACCUGCAACACACACACACACACACACACACACAAACGCAAACACACACAAACACACACACGCAAACACACAAACACACACUUUGAAUAUCAGCUGGUGUGACAAGCAGCUCCAGGCUGUCUCUGAUGACAUCACCCGUCGCCUUGACUCCCUCAUCCAUAUUCUGUCUCUUUACCUUUCUCACACACACACACGCACGCACACACACACACGCACACACACACCGUGACCUCACCACCAGCUGUCUUGGCGGCGGCGGCGUAGCCUCAACCCCUUUUCAAUGAAUCACCGUCACCCAAAAUGUCACAGCGUAACCAUGGCGACCCCAUUACCCCCAUGCCCAACAUCCUGUCAUCAUAAUGUCACGCCCAGAGCUGGGGGGGGGGGAGGAGUCUGUUUCACACCCCAGUGUCAUGGCAGUUUGAAUCUGUUGGUUUUGUUUACAUCACAAACGAUACUUCAACCUAACUUUUGGUUUUCUUGCUUGAACCUAACUGUUAGUUUUCUUGUUUAAACCUAACUUAAAAGCUAACUUGUGGUUUUCUUUCUUAAACCUAACUUUAAAGCUAACCCCCUAAGACGUCAGCAGGGUUGAGGGUUAUUUAAGCCUGACUUUGAUUCAUAAUCUCUUGAUUGAAGAGAUAACUGAAGUCAAAGUUCUCUCCUAACCCUCUUCUGAUCUUGAGGUCUUCUCACACUCCGCCUCCCAGAGGCUGCAGAUGUUACCGCGGCAACCAGCCUGCAUGUCACCAUCCCAUAAUCAGGUUGUGUAACACACACACAGCCACACCUCAGCCAAUGGAAAAGACUCUUAUUUUGAAACUCUAUUGAUCGAUUGGAAGUACGGCUUGUCACCGAGGACAAGUGUGUACGUGUGUGUUGGGGAAGAUAUAUGCAAUAAAUACACAAACACACACACACAGAAAUGCUCUCUCCUGACGACCAGAGGAGUCGCCCCCUGGUGGUCAGGAGAGAGAAUGCAGGUUGUAAAAACUUCAUCAUUGGCUUCACUCUUCAGAACUGGAGGUCUCUUCAUCUUCAUCUUCACAGCUUAGCUACACCGACUGUUCCUUUAAGAAAAAGGCCAAAUGCUUCUCAUCACACUGACGAACACACACACACACACAUGAACGAACACACGUGCGGCGUCCUUCCGGUUCCCCUCUCGGCGUGUUGAGCUUUACGAGUUGAGGCUGUUGUUUUGGGGAGUUGAGACUGUUGUUGUUUUGGGUCGGCUCCUCGUGGCUGAAUGUUGGACCGUGUUAUUUUUCUAGAACCGGCGUCUGUAGCGCACGUUGUUGACUCUUUAAUAAAGGCAUCCUGAGAAAACUGA